AUGAACGUCCACAAUUCUACCUUGGUAGAAACCACUGGGGAUAAGCCUCCAGCAGUGGAAGAUAUAAAAGAGCCCAAGGAACCGCUCCUACCCUUGAGUGAAGACUUCCUCCUUAAUGCUUUGUCCAAGGACUUCACCGUUCCUCCAAACACUUCAUCUCUUCAAUUUGAAGGUGCUAAACUUCCGGCUGUCAUCUCUGAAGUAGUUUCCCAAACCCCAGCUCCAACCACCCACUGUGCAGGUCCACCCCCUGACACUCUGCAGAGUGAUGACAAAGAACUUGACGAUGCCCUGGAUCAACUUUCUGACAGUCUCGGGCAAAGACAGCCUGACCCAGAUGGGAACAGACCCCUAGAGGAUAAAGUCAAGGAAAAAGCGAAAGCUGAGCACAGAGGCAAACUGGGAGAAAGGGAUGACACCAUCCCACCUGAAUAUCGACAUCUCUUGGAUGAUAACGAUGAGGGCAAAUCAGCGACACCACCUACAAAGAAACCUGAGGCAUCAAAGAAACCUGCAGAUGCCCAAGACCUCAUUGAUGCCCUCUCAGGGGACUUUGACAGCUGUCCCUCAACUACGGAAACCUCAGAGAACACAGCAAAGGACAAAGACCAGAAAACUGCUUCCAGCUCCAAAACACCCAAGAAUGGGGAUAAAGCAGAGGAUUCUGCAAAGGCAAAGGAGGAAAGUUCCAAGCGAAAAGCUGAUGGAAAAAGUGCAAAUUAAAGUUCAC